AUGGACAAAAAGAGCGCCAUCAGCAACAACAGUCUUCCCGGCUCUUCCACUCCCUCUAUCUCCCGUUCGUCCAUCAACCACUGCAGCUUUAACGGCCUCAACGCCGCUGAUUCCAUCCAUCGAAGUGAGCUCGACUCAGUCAAUGUAUUUCGCAAAACUUUCCCAGAAAGCAGCAGGGUAACUUCUAUAUCGCCCGCCAACACCACCAUUCGACGUAGUAAGGUCAGCCAUACUGUGAUCGCUAACUCAUACGUCCGUCGCUGCAAGCUCGCUAACUGCGAGCUUAUCGAUGUGUGCUCCGCUAAAUCCUUGGAUGCCAAUGACUCCAAGUUCGACAAUGUGCGCUCGAUCCGCGGCCACACCUCGGUGCGAAAUAGCACCGUUACGGGCCAGAGUACAUUGAACCGGAGCAAAGUCAACGGGUCAUCCGUCACGGAUGAGAGUUGUCUGCGACGCAGUCAUCUUGAGGAUGUUCGGAUUGCUCGAAGUCGGGUGAAGAGAUCGGAGCUACGGAAUUGCGAUGUGAGUGAUUGUGUGAUUAUCAAGACAAAUUUCACAGACAUGAUUUUACGCUAUGGAGUCUGGAAGAAUGGAAAAUUGGUUGGAAGAGUUGGAGAUAAUGAGGUCGUGAUGGUGACUCAGGACGGCCAGAACAUCGGUCAUGUACCUUCGGAGAGGCUUGUCACUCAAGACGCCAAAGUAUGGGCGGACGAUGACCCCGACUCGGAUAGUUCGGACAAGGAAAGCUUGGGCUCAGAUGACCUUCCACCUCCUUAUAAGCCUUGA